AUGUUUAAUAGCGAACGGUUAAGAAAGAAUUUCUGGAGUCCAGAAAACAAUCAGACAGAUUUAUUGCCCAAGGUCGGACAGGAUGCGGAAGAACCUAACUUCAUAAUGGCUACCCAUGGCCCUUCGUUUCUAGGAAUUCGCUUCGAUAAAGGAAUCAUUUUUGCAUCCAACACACUGGUGGCAUAUUACUCGAUGCUUCGUUAUCCGAAUGCUCAGCGUAUUUUCAAGAUAAGCGAGAACAUCCUUCUCACUGGCAGUGGAGAUUUUCCCGAUAUCCAAUCGCUCAAACGACUCAUUGAUAGCAAAAUGAUUGUAGAGGAAUGCUACAAAGAUCGUAAAGUGAGUCCAAGAGCUGUGGCCACCUGGUUGACCCGGAUCCUCUACUAUCGUCGUUGUCAAAUGGAUCCCUACUUCGUUGCCAUGGGUGUGGGUGGCCUCGAUGAAGAUAAUACCCCGUUUUUGGCGUCGGUCGAUAAGCGUGGUUGUUGCUAUGAGGAUUAUGUGGUGGCCAGUGGAUUUGUCCUCCAUAUGGCCAUGCCAAUGGUGCGUGAACGCAAGCCAUAUUAUCGGGAUCUUACUGCUCGUGAGGCCGCCGAAUUGGUACGCACAUCGAUGGAGGUUGUCUUUUAUCGUGAUUGCUAUGCGAUUGACACCUACGCUGUGGGUAUUUGCACGGACGACUAUUGCGGAAUACAGGGACCCUUUAGAGUCGCCGAGAAAUGGGGUAUAGCCAUCGAUGUUGAAGGAUAUUAG